AUGUGUCAGGAGUUUUGUCAUAGACGUGCACAAGUGCAGGCUAUCGUGGGAGAAAGCUCUUCUUCUCCAUGCACAGCAAUAGCUACUGUUCUUGGACCUUUUCAUGUUCCAUUGAUUUUGCAGCAUAUUCAACAUGUUCACUUCAAGACAAAAGAAGGAGAAGAAGUGUACUUUAAUAAAAAUGGAGAUCCAGCAGCAAAAUAUGAGAUUAUAAACUGGCAGGCAAAAGAAAAUGGAAAUGUGGAAUUUGUCACUGUUGGGCUUUAUGAUGCAUCAUUAUCAGCAGACAAACAGCUAAAUCUGCAAAAUAACUCUUUCAUUUGGGCAACAAGAUCAAAACAGGUGCCUGUUUCAUUGUGCAGUGAGAAGUGUCUGCCAGGAAUGCAAAAAGUUUCGCAAAAAGGAAAACCUAUUUGCUGCUAUGACUGCUUAAAAUGUGCAGAGGGAGAAAUUAGCAAUGUUACAGAUUGUGUAACUUGUGUAAGAUGUCCCUUUGAAUCCUGGUCAAAUGAGAGAAGAGAUGCCUGUGUACCAAAAACAGUUGAGUUUCUGUCACACAAAGAAGUUCUAGGAAUACUGCUCACCACAGCCUCUUUAUUUGGAACAUGUAUGACGGCUGCUGUAGCUGUCAUUUUCUUCAGACACAGGACAACUCCUCUUGUCAGAGCAAACAACUCUGAGCUGAGCUUCCUGCUGCUUUUCUCCUUGACUCUGUGUUUUCUCUGCUCUCUGACCUUCAUUGGACGUCCCUCUGAGUGGUCCUGUAUGCUCCGUCACACAGCUUUUGGCAUCACCUUCGUCCUCUGCAUCUCCUGUGUUCUGGGGAAAACAAUAGUCGUUUUAAUGGCCUUUAAAGCUACUCUUCCAGGCAGUAAUGUGAUGAAACUAUUUGGGCCUACACAGCAGAGACUCAGUGUUCUGAGUUUAACUUUUGUACAAGUCAUCAUCUGUAUUCUCUGGUUGACAAUAUCUCCUCCUUUUCCAUCUAAGAACUUUAAGGCCUUUAAAGAUAAAAUUGUCUUGGAGUGUGCUCUGGGUUCAGCUGUAGGUUUCUGGUCUGUACUUGGGUACAUUGGACUACUUGCCGUUUUGUGUUUUGUUUUUGCUUUUCUGGCUCGAAAACUACCUGAUAAUUUCAACGAAGCAAAAUUUAUCACCUUCAGCAUGUUGAUAUUCUGUGCUGUAUGGAUCACUUUUAUCCCAGCGUAUGUCAGCUCUCCUGGAAAAUUUAGUGUUGCUGUAGAAAUMUUUGCCAUUCUUGCUUCUAGUUUUGGACUGCUGAUUUGUAUCUUCAUCCCAAAGUGUUAUAUUAUGAUAUUAAAACMAGAAAGAAACACAAAAAAGAAUAUGAUGGGAAAGACAGCAUCAAAAUCAUUUUGA